CGGCUGCCGAGCUCUAGGCCGCGGGCGGCGGCGGCCGCCGCGGGGCCGGUGGUAGUGUGGCGCGGCGGGCGGGGCAGGCGGCAGGAUGGGCGGCCCGGGCACACCGGGGUCCUGCGGGACGGCAGCGGCGGGCGGGCGGACUGGUGUCUCCUUCACUUCGCCCUCCAGUGCCCAAAGCUGCAGCAGCGCGGUCUGCCGCACGACUGCACCCCCCCGUGACCGGCCCGAGCCCACCUGCCCCGACGACCGGCCACAAGCAGCACAAGCAGCUCCAAUGGCGAUUCCUCCAGCAUAUGUAGACCUUGGCAAACCUGCCAGAGAUAUCUUCAAUAAAGGAUAUGGCUUUGGGUUGGUGAAACUGGAUGUGAAAACAAAAUCUGCAAGUGGAGUGGAAUUCACAACAUCUGGUUCAUCGAACACAGACACUGGAAAAGUGAAUGGAAGCUUGGAGACCAAAUACAAGUGGGCUGAGUAUGGUCUGACUUUUACAGAAAAAUGGAACACAGAUAACACUCUGGGAACAGAAAUUGCAAUUGAAGAUCAGCUUGCCAAAGGCUUGAAGGUGACAUUUGAUACAACUUUCUCACCAAAUACGGGAAAGAAAAGUGGUAAAAUUAAGUCAGCAUAUAAACGUGAAUGCAUAAACCUAGGCUGUGAUGUUGACUUUGAUUUUGCUGGGCCUGCAGUCCAUGGUUCAGCUGUCUUUGGUUAUGAAGGCUGGCUUGCUGGUUAUCAGAUGACUUUUGAUACUGCCAAAUCAAAAUUGACAAGAAAUAAUUUCUCUGUGGGUUACAAGACUGGAGACUUCCAACUGCACACUAAUGUCAAUGAUGGUUCCGAAUUUGGUGGGUCAAUUUACCAAAAAGUGAGUGAGUCUCUUGAAACUGCUAUAAACCUGGCUUGGACAGCUGGUAGCAACAGCACUCGCUUUGGCUUUGCAGCUAAAUACAAGUUGGAUCCCACUGCUUCUCUUUCAGCGAAGGUGAACAAUUCUAGUCUAAUUGGAGUGGGUUAUACCCAGACCCUGAGGCCAGGUGUGAAGCUUACACUGUCCGCCCUGAUAGAUGGAAAGAGCAUCAAUGCUGGUGGCCAUAAACUUGGUCUUGGCCUGGAACUGGAGGCUUAAAAAGAUGAAGAAACUGCUGCAGAGAAGGGAUAUCAGAAGAAUUUGGCCUUAAAAUGUAUUUCCAAUGUGACCAGCAGGCUUUUUCCCCGGAAGGAUGACCUAGAACAAGAGCUGUAUUUGAAGUAUUUAGACAGUUACUUGUUAGCUGGUUUCUAGUUAAAUUGGUUACCCAUCUAGUUAAAAUUCUGCAUUAGUGCAGUCACUUAAACAUUAUUUAAAUGUAUUUAACUGUUUAAUGCGCUACCCACAAAUAAUGAAAUAGACAUUUAUGAAAACUGUACAAUUGUGUGCAUGUUUGUUUUUAUGUUCCUUUUAACAUUCGAUAUUGCCAUUGAAUGAAAAAUGGAUCACUGGAUGUUUUGAAAUGAGGUCAAUAAUUUUGUUGAAUGACCUGAACUAGAAAUACAUUUGGUAUCCCAAGACAAAUUAUGAAUAAAACAAGUACACACACAUACUUGUGCCUCAGAUAUUUUAAGAGUGAAGAUACGAGGGUAGUGCUCAGUUAAGUUUUAACUUUAAGUAAUCCAAGAAGUAGUGCUCUGUACCUUCGUGCAAUUAAGGACCCCCACCCAUGACAAUACUGAAUAUAGGUGAACAGUUGGAUUCCUCAAGCAAAUUGAAUGUGCUUUUCUGUCAGGUAAGGUUUGUCAUGACACAAUGGUUUAUUCCCCCUGUGAUCCACGAGCGAGAUGUGCUGUGUUCCUAGUUGGCCUUCUGAUGCAAGAAGUGCAGAUCGGUGUACUUGGCACACUGAGACAUUUAAGAAAUGUUCCUUGAAAAACCUCACCACAAACACACCUUUUGCUUAUAUUUGUAUGAAGUGAGAUGUAUCUCUGCAAUGAAUGUAACAGUGUAAUGGUAUAACAGCCUGCUUAUCCCAACUGCUGUGAGAGGUUUCUGCUUAAAAUGACUGAAAUAAAGACAAUUUUAAAUGGACACAGAGGAAAAUGCAUCUGAUCUUGCUUUCCCUUUAAUAAAUCUUGGCAGAUACCCAUUUUAAGUUCAGAAACUUGAAGAAUAAUGGGAAAACUUUAAUGUUUUUCUAGAAUAGUAAUAAAGAGUAUAUAAGCAUGAGGGAUAUUUAGUCUGCGGACCUAACAUCCCUGAAGUUCGAACUAGCUGUGAAUGCUUUUAAUGUGUAGUAUGUUAAAUACAUGUAGUUGCACUGCUUACAUUUAAGAGUUGGAAUUUACUGAGCUUGGGGGAAUGCCUGGAGCCUACUUAAGAUACUCUCAUAGCUGAGAAGGGUCUCUUGAUACUUAGUCUUGCAGUCAGUGGUUCACAGCAGCUCCCUUCGUAGUGCAGGUGGCUGGCUCAUGAUGAGGAAGCUCUCUCUGGUUUGAAAGUGUUACCAGUUGAUACUGGAUUAAUGUCCACAAAAGUAUCAGUGAUUUGCUAGAGGUCUUGUUCCAUUCUGCAUUGUUGCCCUCAGACUGAAAUUUCCCAUGAAACACUCUGUUAUAAGCUGCCUGUGUUUAGGCUUUAGCUGUGGAGUAGCUGAGCCACCUUCUUUGCAGAAGACAGAGUAGAGCUUAAGCCUCCAGCUCAGGCUCUUGAGCAGGCUUGCUGGUGUGCUUGACUAGUUUUCUUAUAUGAGAGUAAAGCAUUUGUGCUGUGGGGUACCUUUACUGCUGUUGUCACUAAAUGCCCUUGUCCGAGUUGCAUUUCCACCAUUUAGGGUGGAAGAAGCAUGUAAGGUGUAAUUUGUUGCUGUAUUGCAUGUUGUGCAUAUUUUUAUUUUGAGGUGGUUUUAUGUGCUAGACCACUUAAAAGCUAGAAACCAUGCAGACAGACAUUGAAUUUUUGUAUGUGUUUUCAGUAUAACCAUCUUUGGUGCCUCACAAAGACUGGGCUUCUGAUACAAAAAACACCAAAAAAAAUAAAGCUUAAAAAAAACCAAACCAAACCACCAAAACAUUCCCAAAACAAACCAAAACAACCUACCAAAACCAAAAAAACUUCCCGAAAUGUUGUGUGCCUGUGUAGAUUGUCCAGCUGCAGCACCCAGACAAAUAAUGGAUUGUGUCUUUUGGUUAUGAAUGUUUCUAUCCUUGUUUCUAUCCUCUUUUGAGGGGGCUGUAAUUGACUUUUGUUUUUGGUGGUAGUGGUUUUGGUUUUUUUUAAUUUUAGACGCAAACACUAUAACCUUUUUCUUCACUAUCUGCUCAUCUAGAUAUUUUUUUUCUGAGGUCACAAAAUGGGUAAGUGAUAUAAAAGCACAUAUUGCUGAGUUUCCCUUCAACUCUUUAAAAUUAGUAAUGGAAACUUGAACCUAUUCAUUUUACUCUUUGUAAAUGUGCAUGACUUAACCAGCCCUCAGCCUUUAAACUUUAGGUAGUUGUAGUUGUUACAGUGCUGAUAGGCAGCCAGAGAAGUAAAAGGGCUCUGCAGUAGUUAAGAGAACUGUGAAAAUGUGAGUUUUUCUAAAAUACUCUGUCAUAAAUCACUACUUUGAACAUUAAAAUGAAGUUCAAUGUCUUUUUCUUAACAUCUCUCACGUAAGGCUUAUUGAAAAUGGCUUUCAAACUAACUUUUCAACUGUUACAGAAGCUUGUGGUGUAAUUGGAGUUCUGUGGUAAGGAAUGUUGGUAGUUUAUAUAGCUCCAUUUUAUUAAAAUAUGUAAAAAGCCUUAACGAUAACUUUCAGUGCCAGACAGCCUUUCCUCAGGUGUUCUGAAUAAAAAACCCCACCACUUGAGAUCACCAAUGACCAGAGCAUCGUUCUGCAUCUUGUUUGUGUAAAUUGUAGCAUUGCAUUCCUGCCUGGUACAGCUGGAGUAGGGGGUGUCUGUGUACAUUGCAAGGAGACUUAAUCAUGCUUUCAUAAAUAAAAAUCCUUUCACAUGA